UCUUAUAUCUAUGUGUAUAUAAGAUAAUCUUAAAUUUCUAGUAAUUUUUUGUUUGUUAAAUAAAUGUAAUGCAAUCGGCGCUAUGAAAUUUCUGUGUGUAUUAAUUUUCAUAACUUCGCUGAUCUGCGAGCAGACGACAGGCACAAAACAUUCAAUAUUUUGCUACUGGAAUACUGAAUCCUAUGAUCGCAAGGGAUUGAGCUACUUCAAUUCCUGGACAAUAGACAGAAAGUUGUGCACACAUUUCGUCUAUGGGUCUGUGGCCAGUUUGGACCCCGACGGGUCGGGCGCCUUGAAGGUCAUAAAUGAGGGCAUGCUUGAGGGGCGAGGACUCCUGUCUGAUGUCUUGAGUAUGAGACGCGACAACUAUCAGGCAAUUCUAUCCAUUGGCGAUAAGAAAGGCGACGCCGAAAGAUUCUCCAGGAUGGCAGCGAGCCUGCGCAAACGCGAUCAGUUUUAUGUUACUCUAACAAAAUUCCUCUUCGAACGGGGCUUUAGCGGAGUGCUCCUGAAUUGGGAGUUUCCCACCCAGCAUGGGGGUCAUUUCGUGGAUCGCCACAACUUUAUCACAUUACUGAAAGAGCUGAAGAUCAUCCUGGAGGAACAUCACUUUCUGCUUCUGGUCACCGUUUCUGCGCGGCUGGACAAGAACACUCUCGCUGCCUACGAUAUUCCGAGGAUAGCGAAAAUCGUCGAUUUCAUUAUCCUCAACAGCCACGACUCGCACGACAUAUACGCGCAGCAGGUGAACUACAUGUCGCCGCUCCGUGGCAACGGCAGUCAGAGCGUGGAGCGCGGCAUCAAGCACUGGGUCGAGCAGAGCAAAAUGCCACAAAAGCUGAUCCUUGGUAUUCCGCUGUUCGGACAAACAUAUACCCUUCGCGACCAGAGCCAGACGAAUGUCAAUGCGCCCAGCAAGGGACCCGGCCUGCAGCACGUUUCCUCCAAGCAGCCCGGAUAUUUGACCUACGCCGAGUUCUGCACCCAAGCCUCCAAGUGGACAAAGAAGUUUGACAAGCAGGCGCAUGUGCCAUAUGCCUUUAAGGCUGACCAGUGGAUCAGCUAUGAGGACGGCAGCAGCAUCAGCGCCAAAUUGCGUCUAGUUAGGGAUCAACGAUUGGGUGGCGCCAUGGCAUGGUCCAUCGAUGCCGACGACUUCUCUGGCCGAUGCGGUGAGCGCUACGCUCUGCUCAAAGUAAUCGUAUCGAAAAUAGGCAAUCCCAAUGUCCUAACAACUGCCGCGCCCACCACCGAGGGCAUCGGCCUCUGUCCCAGGGAGGGACUGUUCCGCAAUGUGUGGGACUGUCAGGCGUAUUAUGAGUGCCGCGAUGCCCAGCGCACCGACUACGAGUGCCCAGACGGCGACUUCUUCGACGAGGAGGUGGGCGAGUGCAAGCCCGCCGAGCAGGUGAAGUGCUCCAACAACUUUGUCACCUGGCGUCCAGGCCAAGAUGGCUACAACUUCCGCGACUUGCCCCUCAACCUGAAGGUAGUUGACUAACUCUCAGUUACAUUGUAUACAUUCCAGUUUAUAGUAAAUAGUCAGUAAAUA